UUUGUUACUCAGGUGAGAUACACAAGAAGUUUAAAAUCGACCUUAGAAAAUCACUCCACUGGGCAAUGGGAAAUAUUUACACGGUUGGGCCAAACAGGGCUCUGAUAGUGUCAGGCGGCUGCUGCGGGUCUACCAAGAAGUCGUUUAUCGUGGGAGGAUGGGCGUGGGCAUGGUGGUUGGUGACUGAUGUUCAGUAUCUCCCUCUAGAGGUCAUGACGUUGACCCCUGUCAGCGAAAUGGUCGAAACAUCACUGGGAGUGGCGUUGACUGUGACCGGAGUGGCCCAGUGCAAGAUCAUGAAGGACGAGGAACUGCUCAAAGUCGCCUCAGAGCAAUUCCUGGGCAAGAGUAUGAGAGAGAUCAAGUCCACUGUGCUGCAUACCCUCGAGGGGCAUCUGAGGGCGAUCCUCGGUACUCUGACGGUGGAGGAGGUGUACAAAGACCGGGAACAGUUCGCCGCGCUGGUGCGAGAAGUAGCAUCGCCAGACGUAGGCGGAAUGGGGAUCGAGAUAUUGUCCUUCACUAUCAAGGACAUAACCGAUGAGGAAGGCUAUCUGACGUCACUCGGGAAGGCUCGGAUCGCCGAGGUGAAGCGUGACGCCGCCGCAGGAGUCGCCCAAGCCAACAGGGACGCUGGCAUUAGAGAGGCGGAGUGUGAAAAGGCAGCGAUGGACGUGAAGUACCUCACCGACUCCAAGAUAGAAAACAACGCGAGGCUUUACAAACUGCAAAAAGCGAAUUUCGAUAUAGAAAUCAACACUGCCAAAGCUCAAGCACAACUAGCCUAUGAACUGCAAGCUGCCAAGGUAUGCCAGCAGAUCAGAAAUGAAGAGAUUCAAAUUGAAAUUGUAGAAAGGAAGAAGCAGAUAGAAAUUGAACAACAAGAGGUGCAGAGAAAGGAGAGAGAAUUGAAGGCUACGGUGAGACUUCCCGUGGAGGCGGAGAGCUACAAGGUCCAGGCCAUCGCCCAGGGCAAGAAGACACAAGGUGUAGAAGAGGCUAAGGCAGAAGGGGAGAAGAUCAAGCUGAUAGGGAAGGCGGAGGCUGAGGCUUUGGAGAGUGUUGGGAAAGCAGUGGCAGGUAGGAUGAGGAUGAAGGCCCAGGUAUACACACAGUACGGUGAAGCAGCCAUCGCCUCCAUGGUGUUGGAGGUGCUGCCGAAGAUAGCAGCAGAAGUGACCGCGCCCCUGGCCAAGACUGAGGAGAUCGUCCUGUUGGGAGGCAACGAUCAAAUAUCCGGAGAUAUCAACCGACUGGUCAGCCAAGUCCCACCCGCCGUACAGGCACUUACUGGUGUCGACCUCUCUAAAGUGCUCAGUAAAGUUCCUGGGGCGAAAUAGUGUAGUUUGUAAAUUGAAAUCCGAAAGGGUUGUAAAACAUCUUCAACGCCAUCAAUAUCACUAUGGUAGUUUUACUUUUGACUAUUUUCCAUCAUAUUUGUUAAUUAUA